AUGAGUGAAGAGGAGAUUACGAAAUUAGUAUUGAAGGGAUUACCAGAGGAUGUUUAUUGGAAAAUAUAUACAUUAGAUAAUUCGUCAGUAGAGAAAAUAACGAAAAAUGUAAAGGCGUAUGAAGUUGCUAAGGCGAUUCGUAAGAACCCUGCAAAGGAGAUUGAGUUCUUGAAAAGAGAGAUUGAGGUACUUAAAGUUAGCAAAGAUAACGAUAUUAGUGAUGAAGUAAGAAGUUUAAGAGAAGAGCUUGAGGAACUUAAAGCUAACAUGAAUAAUAGACCGUUUAAAAGUAAUGCAGCUGUUGUAUUUGCUCCGAGCAAGGCGGUUGAAAUGGCUAACCCUGAUGAAGAUGAUAUGAUCAAAAAAGCGAUGGAGGAAAAUCGGCCCGACCCGAGAUUUCCGAACGUCCAUACCACACGCUAUUGUUACAAUCACUACAUAGACUAUCACAGAUGCCGGCAUCUGUUGGGCGAAGAGGAACCUAGCUGCGAAAUAUUCAGGAAAACCUACACGAGAAUGUGCCCAAACUCGUGGGUGAAUGAUUGGGAUGAACAGAGAGAACAGGGGAUAUUCCCAAGGGACUGCAAGACCGAAUUGGAUUGA